AUGUCGAAUUCAAAGAAAAGAAAAUCAAGCGAACUUUGGAAUUUUUUUGAUCCACUAGAUGAAGUUUUUGCUAAGUGUAAUAUUUGUUCAACUAAAUUAUCAUAUAAAACUAGUAUUUCAAAUCUUCGGCGACAUUUGCAGAGCAAGCACCCCACCGUAACUGUACCAGUUCCUUCAAUGAAAAGUAGUGUUAAUACCAGUAAUGAAAAUACCGAUGUCCAUGCAGGUCCGAGUAGCUCGACAAAUGAAGAAAAAAAUAUAAAUCUUAAAAGAAAGAGGAAUAAUUCCGGUCAACUACAAAUAUCAUCGUUUGUAUCGAGACCACUUGUUUUAAACCGUAAGGAAUGUAUCGAUGGUAAAUUGAUUUCACUUUUUACAAAAAGUUUUCAACCAUUUAGACUGGUGGAAGAAACUGCAUUUAAAGAUUUUGUUAACGGCUUAAACCCCAAUUAUGAGUUGCCAAUCAGGCAUAUGAUUUCCCACACUAUGAUACCCGCUAUGUUUGAGAAAUGUAAGAUACGCGUGCGAGACCUAAUUAAAGAAGCAAAAAAAGUGUGUAUCACAACAGAUAGUUGGACAUCUCGCAACAACGAUGGAUACACAGCAGUUACAGCUCAUUACAUGGACGAUAACUUUGUAAUGAAGUCAGUUCUUUUGGAAUGCUCCAAUAUUACUGAUCACCAUACAUCAGAAAAUUUGGCCAAAGAACUUCAAAGAAUUGUGUCGGAUUGGGGAGUUCAUGAUAAAAUAUUAUUAGCUGUAUCAGACAAUGCAGCAAACAUAAAAAAUGCGAUCGAUACCAAAUUAAAAUGGAAGCAUCUUGGUUGUGUAGCUCACACAAUUAACUUAAUAGUAAAGGAUGGCUUAAAUUGUGACGAGACAGUAACAACUACAAUCGGAAAAGUAAAAUCAAUCGUUGGUUUUUUUAGAAGAAGUACUAUAUCUAAUCAAAAGCUGCUAACAUCAAAAAAACCAAGUGGCCAAUCAUAUGAAACAGCAUCUAUUGUUAUACCCAUUGUAAAUGGCAUAUUUAAUAUUUAUGUAAAACUACAAGUAACAGAUUUUAUGGAUUGCAUUAAGAUUGUACUGAAGCAAUUCGUUAGUGGGAUCAGUGAACGAUUGGGCAAAGUAGAAAAAAGCAAUACUUUAUGUACUAGUACUUUUUGUGAUCCAAGAUUUAAACACAUAUCAUUCCGUGAGAAUAGUACUUUAGAGAUAAUUAAAAAAGCAAUAAUCGCAGCGGUAGCCGAGAAGUAUACAGCAGAACUUUGCGAAUCACACAGUGAGGCUAAUGCCGAAAUAAGGCAUGACGACGCAAAAUCCAGGGACGUUGACGAAUUGUCAAUUUGGUUUGCAUUUGAUCAAGCUGCAGCAAUCAUUGUACCACAAGGAACUUCCACAUCUAAAGCAAUUAUUGAAGUCCAACGGUACAUGGAAUCUGGAAUUAUUCCAAGGCAGCAAGAUCCUUUACAGUAG